GCAGUCACACCUCCACAGAUCUCCAGUAUCAGCUCUUGAUACUGAAAGAUGGCUUACUCUGAUCUUAAGGAUGAGAUUUGCAGUACUUGGCUGCAGUUAAGUGCCGAGCAAAUGGCACAAGUUCGUUUAGCUCUGUUGGGAGUUUCUAGCUCGGUUGGGGAGUUUCCACGAAUGCGAGAGAUCAGUAGAUGUGCUGAUCUGUCUUCUGCUCUGAUUCUACUGGAAAAAUGGAUGCUUCUUACACCUCAGAAAGUUGACAUUCUGUUGUGGCUAACUGAGCAAGUUGGGCCCCACACGCAGAUGGUGAGAGCACGUAUAGAGCAAUACAAGAAGGUUUCUCUGCUACCUAAUACCCACGAGAAGGAAAUGCCUUCAGUAAAGCAAGAUGAUAAUGCUCAUUCUGAUCCAUUACUUCAUCACCCAGUCUUUGAUGAGGUGUGUGUGUAUCUGAGCGAGAAUUUACGAGGACGUUGGGCUGAUCUUGGACGUAGUCUUGGCUUGGCUAAUUUUGUCAGUGAACUGUUUCGUGAACCCACUGUGCGACAAAAAGAUAAAGUAUACCAGAUUUUAGAAGAAUACAAAAGGCAAGCAGAAGGUGACCCAGUGACAGGACUGCUGGAGGCCUUAAAGAACUGUGGACUUAACCGCCAGCGCAAUCAUAUAAUUAAUGAAAUUCUCGCUUAAUGCCUAGUAAGGUUUUGGCCCCCCUCACUGUGAUGGGUCAAAUGAAGUAAUAAUAGAAAGCAAUUUACUGCAAUAUGAAAGUUCUGCCAAAUGUUUUAAGUCUAAAGGAUCCUGAAAAUUCACCGAGACAUGACGUCCAGAAAACAAUAUAAAAGUAAUGUCGCCCAUUGUGGUAGAUCCAAAUUUUUCAGAAAUAGUUUGUCCAAGACCAGGGUCAUUAAGUACAGUAUUUUAAUGAUUGUACCAUGAAAACAUUAUUAUGAUUGUCUUUAAAGAGAAAAUAAAAAUGAAAUGUUAGAUCUUGGGCCUAUACUGUGUAUAAGAGGCUGAAAUGCAAGUACCACAGUGAAAGUCAAAUGAGCAAGAAUACUUUUUUUAUACAAUAAUAUAAAUCCUAAUUUAAUAAUUUUGAAAACUCCAUUGCUUCUUUUACAAAGGUUUCCCGGGUAUGUGCUUCAUGCCCUUCUGAACACGCUAUUUACAUUCGGUAUUAAAAAGUUUUGUAACAGCAAAUGUAUUCUUAAAUUCUAGAAAUUGCCAUUUAUUUCUAAAUACAGCAAUAAAUUCGUCAAUAUUGUACUGUGUAAAUUGACAAACUUAAUGAAUACCAUUUACAUUUUAAUAUGAUUACGGUAUACAGUAGAUUUUUUAUCCGCACUCCAGCCGUCUGUUGACCAUUUACGUAACCAUCCAUGCCUCGAAUUGAAACUGCUAGAAAUGUCUAAUUGCAUCAGCUUCUGGUGUUGCCUGGGCCCACAUCUAUAAAAUAUCAAAUUCUGGCCUGUACAGGAAUCCAAGUUAUUUAAUAAGCAAAUAUAAA